AUGAUGAUGAUAAUGUGCCGUGUGAUGUGUGUGUUGGCCGUUGUGCUGUGCUGUGCCUGCGGGUAUACCAUGGCGGAUCCUGCUACUACUGUUAAUGCUGGACAACCAAAGGCGGUGAUGGCUAUUGUUGAUCCUUUUGAUUUUGAUUUUCCUUAUUUUAGGGGUCCCCAAAAAGGUGAACAAACUCCUGCAGGAAGUGGUAAUGGUGAACUAGAGGAUGAUCGUAAUGACGAAGUAAUGACAGAUCAUUUAACCAUCGAAGAACGCGAACGUAUCUCUACACAAAGGGGUGAAUCAGUUGGUGUUGCACAUGGUGAAGAUUUACAUGAAGGUAUUUCUGCUGGAGGUGUUGAGGGUCCGGAUAUAAAACUCGAAGUAGCAGCAGGUAAGAAGCAUAACCAAGGAGACGAAUUAUCCACAGGUGGCGAUGGGAAGAGCGAUGGGAGAAGUGGAACUGAACAACUUGGAUCUUCGUCAAGCAAGGAAGUUGUGGGUUUACAGAAUGAAAAAGGAGAGUUGGGUAGCCUCACCAAAGGUACUCCAGAAGUUCGUCCUGCUACAGCGACGCCUGCACCUGUUACCUCUCCCACGGACCCUAAUCCAACUCUACAAACAGCAACACCCUCUCAGCAUGGGGACAGGUUACCUCUACCAGACCCACAAAGAGAUAAUAAUGUGCAGAAAUUUGAAAAUGAAGAAGGACCCCUGGAGAAAACGCAAAUCUCCACUGACGUAUCUCAUUCUGGUAAUGAACCGAAUACAGCAUCAUCUGGUAAUUCACUAAAGCCCAAUAACGCGGGACAGGAACAGGAGAAUGAAAAGACACAGAGUUCUCAGACAGAAAAUGGUACACAAAGAACAAACGAUGCAGACAACAGUAGUACACAACAUCAAGAAGAUCCCGGUACAGAACCAACUCAUCCUUCAGCACCUUCGCAUACUAAUGGAGCAGCAAGUGGUGGUAAUUCUGGAGAGACAUUAACGAACAACUCAGCGAGUACGAACUCUGAAACUUCAACUACAGCCAGUAAUGAUGAGGAAUCAACCACCACCACCACCACAACAACAACAACAACAUUUCCUCCUGAACUCACAAACAACAAGAAGGGUGAUGCAGACAGCAGCAGCAGCAGUAUCAGCAGUUCUGUGUGGGUGCGUGUACCACUACUGAUUGUGGUUACACUGGCCUGUAUUCUUGUGUGCUGA